GGCAGGUGGCCUGGACGGCACUCCUGAGGGAAAUUUGCGGGGUUCUUCGGGCCCUAGUUUUGGGACCUUGCCGCCGUUCCCAGGUCUGGGGGAGACCUCCACGGGGGGAGGGAGGAAGGACGGAGCCAGGGACCCGGGAUCGACUGUGUCGUCGACGGAGCGGACAGUGCCAUUGAAAGGUUUAUUGCAGGGAAAUGACGAAAUGACAAGAUCACAUUUUGAGAAGUUGUAGAGAAGCUCAAAUGAUGAACUGAAGCCCUGGAUGAAAACAGGAUCUCUAAGGAGAAACGGUAAGGUGCAUUAAGUAUAUUCUGAGACCCAGGACAGUGGCAAUUAGCCAAUGACUGCAGGCAUGCUGUGGAAGUUGCUGAUAAGAUCCCAGCCCUGCAGGCUGUAUUCUUUCAGAAAGAUGCUGUCAGCUCCAAACUACAGACCCUUUCUAGCAUGCCUCACCUAUACAAAUGAUCAUCAGUCAAACAAAGAAAAUAAAACAACAGUGGAAAAGCUUUAUAAAUUUUCAGUCGACGUCAGGAAAAUUCGCAGAUUAAAAGGAUGGGUACUUUUUGAGGAUGAAACCUAUGUUGAAGAAAUUGCAAAUGUUUUACAACAACUAGGUGCUGAUGAAACUGCUGUAGCCAGUAUAUUGGAGCGCUGCCCAGAAGCAAUUGUCUGCAGCCCUACGGCUGUUAACACCCAGAGAGAACUCUGGCAGUUGGUGUGCAAAAAUGAGCAAGAGUUAGUCAAGUUAAUAGAACAGUUUCCAGAAUCUUUCUUUACUGUUAAAGACCAGGAAACUCAGAAACUGAACAUUCAGUUCUUUAAAGAGUUGGGACUCAAAAAUGUGGUCAUUAGCAGAUUAUUGACAACUGCAUCUAAUAUAUUUCAUAAUCCUAUUGAGAAAAAUAAGCAAAUGAUAAGUAUUCUCCAAAAGAGUUAUCUAAAUUUAGGUGGCUCUGAGGCCAACAUGAAAGUUUGGUUACUGAAAUUAUUAAGCCAAAACCCAUUUAUUUUGCUGAAUUCUUCUGCAGCUAUAAAGGAAACACUAGAAUUUCUCCAGCAGCAAGGUUUCACAAACUUUGAUAUUCUCCAGCUUCUCUCCAAACUCAAAGGAUUUCUUUUCCAGCUUUGCCCCGGAAGUAUACAGAACAGCAUUUCCUUCUCUAAAAAUGUUUUUAAAUGCUCAGAUCAUGACCUGAAGCAGUUAGUUUUGAAAUGUCCUGCCAUUUUAUAUUAUUCUGUUCCAGUUUUGGAAGAAAGAAUUCAGGGAUUAUUGAAAGAAGGAAUUUCCAUAGCUCAGAUAAAAGACACGCCAGUGGUUCUUGAAUUAACACCGCAGAUAGUACAGUACAGGAUAAGGAAACUGAAUUCCCUAGGCCAUAGAAUAAAGGAUGGGCCUCUAGUAAAUCUAAGUGGAACAAAAAAGGAGUUUGAGGCUAACUUUGGCAAAAUUCAGGCCCAAAAAGGAAGGCCAUUAUUUAACCCAGUGGCACCGUUAAACGUUGAAGAGUAACUUGCAGACCGCUGCUUCUUUCUAGCAUUGCAGAAUAAAGUCGAGUAGCAGAGACUUUAGUUGGUUUUGUAGGCACUAGUAAUUUUAAGAAACUGUUUAGCUUCAUCUAAGUUACAUCUAAGUAGACAAUCUGACUCAUUUGCUAUAUUUUAAACUAUAAACUGCAUUUGUUUUAAAUAAAGUUGGUAAUUCUGCCUGAGCUA